AUGAAUUAUACUUCUUUAGCUCUGACCUCCAUGGAGUGGCAUAAUAUGAUGCAGAGUACAAGAAUUAAUUUCUUCCUCAUCCCUGCUACUGUCUUCACGACUGUCACGCUACUGAUUGACCCCUUUCUCCUUUUCUGCAUCCUCUGCAACCCAUCUCUCCGUCAGGAAACACGUUACCUUCUCCUCGCCAACACCCUCCUGUCAGACGCACUCUUCCUCGUGUUGAACCUGGCCAAUUUGUCCUCCAAUGCCGCAAACUUGGAGAUGCACUAUGCAGCCUGUGAGGUCAUCACUGUCACCACAAUGACAACGUACUGCUCCUCAUUGUUAACAGUCACACUGAUGGUCAUCGACACAUUUCUGGCGGUGCGCUGGCCACUGCGCUACAACCAGAUUCUGCCACCAUCCCGGGUGAAAAAGCUCAUUGGGUUUGUGUGGGCAGUUGCUGCACUGUACCCACUUGUUCUGUUGGUGGUGAUGGAGGUCAGCGAAAAGGGCACCCCCCAGAGUCUGAAGGUGUGUGUGGUUCUCAUUACUCUGGGUUCCUUGGAGAACAACAUAAAGGUGGGAUUUUACAUUUACUUGAACUCAUGGGUGAUUGUCUGCGUGGUGCUGAUCCUCUACUGUUACAUCCGUCUCUACACCAUCACCAAGAGCUCGGGAAUAUGGAGUAGCCGCUACUCACGAGCACGGCUAACUCUGCUCGCACAUGCUAUAAUGUUGCUAAUGUACUUUGCACCUGGGUUGGUUUUUACAGUACACCUGGGACUGUUUGACAAAACGGGCAUCGAAUUUCAAGUGUGGCUCAAUACUGUGAACUUGUCUGUGCUGAUGCUGCUGCCACGUGCUUGUGCUCCCUACUUGUAUGGCCUCCGGUAUCGUAAGAUCUAUGACACAGUGCAACUAUUGCUGAGGAGGAGAUGUCUUAGUUCGGUAACGCAGAGCCAACAGGCCCAGGCCUCAUAAAGGGAGAAAAAUACUUACAUGGCUGAGCAUGAAUGCAAGUUAACAGGGUGCAGAACAAUAGCAGUUAGCAAGCUAAUCUCUAAAAUAGCAUUUAGUGCUAGGAUUCUGGCCCUGUUAUAUUCUGUUUGGAGGUCAUAUGGGGAAGAAUUAACAUUUGUACUAUGCUUCGUAAUGCAUACCUGUCCCUACAAGCUUUCAUUCAUUAGGAGCAACAUUAACAUGUAUGGGUGAAGUAGUUCUUUGACUCAAUAGGCAUGCUAGCACCUCUAAUUCUACAAAGGAUUUUUAGAAUGUGGUGUCAGAAAUGAGAUUCAUCAGCAAACAAUACAAGAUAACAUUUCAUACUUAUGGAGUCAGAGGGUUCGUUCUUAGAGUGUGAGUGUGCAUUUAUAAGAUGCUCAUCAGUAUGUCAGCAGCAGGAUGCUGGCAUUAAGCCAACAAAAACAAUUUCUACUUAAAAAGUUCUAUCUGUAACCACAGGAAUACAGGCAGCGGUUCAUUUAAAAGAGUGUGUCUGUUUUCCUAAUGGAUUCGUGUACCGUGACAAUAUUUUACAGGGACA